AAUCUCCAUUUUGAAUGUUUUUAUGGUUUAGGGUUCACGGCACGCCUCUUUUCUCAUGGCCGAAGACGAGUGAAGUGCCUGGAUUACACAGAGGGUGUUGCGAAUUCGGACUGAAAAGCUGGACGAUAUCUUCUUACGCAGUUUGGGAUUUGUUUCGCUCUUCUGAAACGACCUCAGACCGCGGCGAAGGCUUUGGUGUUGUUGCUAAUCGCUAACAGCAGAAACGUCUAAACAAAACAAUGUCAGAUGAUGCAACAAAUCCAAACAGGAACGUAAAUAUCACAAGCAAUGCAAGAUGGAUAAAGGAGGACCGAAGAAUGGCGCCAAGAGAGAUGCUCAUUUGAACACGUUGGAUUACAGCAACAGCCCAGUCGAGGGAAUUUUACGAAGUGGAAUACAAAUCGCCAUGUCUGUCGCCCCCACCUCGCUAGUUCCUCCGCCCAAUCCGCUGAUGCAACCGGUUUCCGGGGACCUUCCCAAUGGCCUGAGCAACUCGCCCACUCUUGAGGAGCACACCACCUCUGUGUCCUCCACCUUUGGCAUCUUUGAGGAAGAUUCAGAGCUCAAAAUGGUUGGGAAGGAGCCGAAGGCUCAGCAACACCAAACUCUGGGAGCUUUCACUUUGGGAGACAGUUUCUCAAAUCUAGAGGCCAGCAUCGCCGACUUCAAUAGCACUUCCCCUUCAGCAGACUCCUUGAUUGGUGGAGUCGACCCCAAUCUGUUUCCUUUAAAAACUGAGGAUUUUUCCCUAAUGGAUAAAGGCGAUAUAGACCUUGACCAAGAUUCCUUUGGACCCAUUGGGAAAGAUGUUGAUGCUGGCAAUCAUAAGCUCUUUAGUGACAACACUCUGGACCUUCUGCAGGACUUCGAGUUGGACGGAUCGCCUUCCGACUUCUACGUGGCGGAUGACACGUUCCUCUCCACAAUAGGUGAAGAUUCUUUGCUCGGAGACUUGCCGACAAAUACAGAGAGGGACUCGAAGGUUGCGGUCAAUGGCGCGACCACCUCUUCCAUUUCCUCCAGCACCAACACGGCCACCACCAGCACCAGCUCGCCCACCGUGAAGGUGGAGAAGGACUCUAUAAUCCAGCUGUGCACUCCUGGGGUCAUUAAACAGGAGAACAACGGUGGGACUAACUACUGUCAGGGGAGUCUGCACAGCACACCUAUUAACAUUUGUGGAGUCACCACUUCAAGUGGACAGAGCUUCCUAAUUGGGACCAGCCCAUCCACAGCUGCUGUCAGUCAGCAGAAAGAUCAGAAGCCCGUCUUUAACCUGUACACCCCUGUGACCUCUUCAGAAGACGGUUGGGGCAGGAGCUAUGGCUUUGGGAAUGCAAGUGAAAUGCAGCAGAGGGCCAGCGAAAGCUUUUCCAAAAACUACACAAGCCCCUACGCCAGACCUGAAGAGAGCACUGCCACAGCCUCAGCUGCUGGGAAGUCCGGCACACAUAAGACCUGUCUUGUGUGCUCCGAUGAAGCUUCAGGCUGCCAUUAUGGAGUCCUCACCUGCGGAAGCUGUAAAGUCUUCUUUAAGAGAGCAGUUGAAGGGCAACACAAUUACCUGUGCGCUGGACGGAACGAUUGCAUCAUCGACAAAAUCCGCCGGAAGAACUGCCCUGCCUGUCGUUACCGCAAAUGCCUCAUGGCAGGCAUGAGCCUAGAAGCUCGUAAAAACAAAAGGGGCCGUCAAACCGGAAAGGUAAUCCAGCAGCCGUCGGUUCCAGAGCGCAGUCUUCCUCCGCUGCCUGAAGUCCAGGCACUGGUGCCCAAACCCAUGCCUCAGGUGGUGCCCACCAUGCUGUCACUGCUGAAGGCCAUCGAGCCGGACACCAUCUACGCCGGAUACGACAGCACCAUACCGGACACCUCCACCCGCCUCAUGACCACUCUGAACCGACUGGGCGGCCGGCAGGUCAUUUCUGCGGUCAAAUGGGCCAAAGCUCUGCCAGGGUUCAGGAACCUUGACCUGGAUGAUCAGAUGACCCUCCUGCAGUGUUCCUGGCUGUUCCUCAUGUCUUUCGGACUGGGUUGGCGGUCAUACCAGCAGUGUAAUGGAAACAUGCUGUGUUUCGCACCAGACCUGGUCAUCAACGAAGAGAGGAUGAGGUUGCCCUACAUGAAUGAUCAGUGUGAACAGAUGCUGAAGAUCUCCAAUGAGUUUGUGAGACUGCAAGUGUCCAACGAGGAGUACCUGUGCAUGAAAGUCCUUCUUCUCCUGAGCACAGUGCCGAAGGAUGGUUUGAAGAGCCAGUCAGUGUUUGAAGAGCUACGAAUGUCUUACAUUAAAGAGCUGGGCAAAGCCAUAGUGAAGAGAGAGGAGAACUCCAGCAAGAACUGGCAACGAUUCUAUCAGCUAACUAAGCUACUGGACUCCAUGCACGACAUGGUGGGUGGACUCCUGAACUUCUGCUUCUACACGUUUGUGAAUAAAUCCCUCAGUGUGGAGUUUCCCGAAAUGCUGGCUGAGAUCAUCAGCAACCAGUUACCAAAAUUCAAAGCUGGGAGUGUCAAACCGCUGCUCUUUCACCAGAAGUGACGCUCCUCCCAGCCGCAGGACACAAUGCCUUAAACGAGUUUUUAUUGGGACAACUAAGGGAGAGCGAGAGGACCGUAUGCAGCCCAGCACACAACUCCACGAUUGACCACAGCCAAGUGGAGUCGGAGACGGGUAACUAGAAGAUGUUAAAAGCUAAAAACGGCCGAACUGUUAAAAUGAGGUAACGGCGAAUCUCAUGGAUAGAUAAUCCCAUACAUGUCGUCUCAGGUGUUUGACUCCCAGCAUCAACUGUUAUUAGUAGAAGAAAGCUAAUAGUCCAAUCUCACUUACUAUGUAGAGUUGCACACAUCUUUAUUUUCGGAACAGAAGACUAUGUACGCGCAGAUCUAAUAGUCAGAGUAUCUUACUUUUUAACUUCAGAUGAUAACAGUUUAAAAAAAAUAAUACUUUCAAUAAUAUGCACAGAGAAGAUGGUUUCAGCUUGGGUUGAAAUUAAAUACGUUUUAUAUGACAUCAUAUCUACACCGUUUCAAAAUAAACUCAUUUUAACAGAUUUACAUACAGAAAAAGGGAAAAUGUGCCUUUUUAACUUUUUUUUUUUUUUAAAGCUGUUUUCUUGACUCAUCAGCACUCAUCUAGCACUUCUUCUUCAUAGUCGAUUGUACUUUUAUACCCACUUGCACUUGUAAUUUAACUUUUUUUUUUUUUUCGGCAGCUCUGUAAUCAUUAGUGGGAACUAUUAAAAAAAAAAAAAAAAGUGAUCUUUAUCAUGGAGAUGAGUCUUUACGCUUAGAAAUGCAAAUAGAGCACUUUCACUCCUCAUAAAUGCUUUAAAGGGGCCUGUUUAGGUUUGUUCUGCGGCAAAGGUGUAUUUGUGUCUAAGAAAGCCAUUUAUUAUUCAUUUCACCUGUUAAUUCAAUGCAAUGUAAAACAUGAAUUUCUCAUCUGUUUUUAUUUUUCAUGUGUCGUAUUUGUUCCUCAGCAAUGCCACAGUAUACAACCAAAACAAUGAAUGCAGAUAACCUAUACCUAUAACAUUUAUACAGACAGAUACUACAGUACAAUCACACCAAACAUCAACUCAGGCCCACUUCAUUUAUAUUUGCAGAUCCUACAAAUGUACAUUUGUAUUGUUAUUUUUUUGAUCAGGUCCAGACUAAUCUAUAUUAAACUAACCUUGACCUGUCUUGGUUUAAUCAGUCAAACUGUGUUGCAGGCGCAGGGUUUUAACUCUCUGGGAAUUUCUACUCACCUAUAUUGUUGCAAUCUGUUAUUUCUGUGCCAAACAUAUUGUUUUCAGUUUGUACAAAUCUAAAACUGUGCUUGUCUUAACAGUUUUCAAUGCAUAUAUAUUCAAGAGAGGCAAAGAGAGAGGAUAGAUAUAUUUUACAGUUCUUCUGUGGAAACUUAAUGCAUCUUGUAUAAUACACAAAUAAAAGAUCUCCAGCUUCAGACUGCUUAGCAUUGCAUUGUGUGGGACAGAUUUAGCGAUCAACACUUAUUUUCAAAUUCUAAUCAAGAUCCAAGCAGCACUUUUCAAUUUGCUCUUCCGUUCCUACAGAUAUGUGAUACAAAUAAACAUGUAUUUCCAUUAACUUUUUGCAACAUGUCUAAUAAAAUGUCCUCUGAGACCCUACAGUGU